CCCAGUCCGAUUCCCCACAUUCAGACAUUUCGUCCUCCCCUCUCUCUAGUCUCGCUCGAGUCCUCGACGUCUCUGGCUAUCAGCCCCUGCUCUAACUGCUCCGGUCAGUCUCGCCAAUUUAGUCAUCUCCGAUCACUUCUCCUCCUCCUUCGCCUACUCCAAGUGCACGGGUGGCUGGGUAUGAGGCGGUAAUAAUCUCCAACAGCAGGCGGCAAGCCAAAAACUCAAAGUCUGGACUUGAUUAAAUUGCGCUCGCACUGGAAAAUAUUUCUGGCUCCGUCUCUGUGCAGCUGUGCUAUUAUUUACAUUCAGUGCAGCUCUACCUUGAGCUGAGUUCAUUGAGUUAGAGAUCAUUCGGUUUUCGAAGAUAUAUUACAGAUAUGGAGGCUGUGGUAAAAAAGUACCAGCAGAAGUACAGAAAGGUCAAAGAUGAAAUGGGUAGCUGGGAAGAGCUUCAGGCUAGAUUACUUUCACAAUUCUCAAACGCCUCUUCCAUUGUCCAAAGAUUACAGGUCCUCUCUACCACACAUGUGAUUCAUAAAUCUAGAAACUAUGGUGGUUUGAAAUGUGUUGAGGGCAUUGAAGGUGCUGUGUUGGCGAAGCAAAUGGAGUCUCUGCAAACCAUCUUACUGUCUAUGAACAAGACCUUGGAAGAUUUUCAUGGGGUAGUCUUAUCAAUCGAGAAGAUUGUCCGUGAUAGCAGGCAGUUAGUAAAAGGGGGGUCUGCUCAAUUAGCCACAAAACAGCUGAAGCAGCAAAUCGGUGUGAAACCAAGUGUUGCGGAUUGUUUGGAUGGACUUAGACUUCUUGAAGAGAUGCACCAAUCUGAGUACCAUCUUAAAUUAUCUGUGGUGUCAGCACUUCCUGAAAUUGCGUUGAAACUCAGUGGUGGUGAUGGUGAUCUUGAUGCACUUCGGCAACUCCUGGUUGAUCAACCUAAUAUUCCCAGAGAAGAAGGCAAAGCGCAUAGAGUGAUAAUGGCAAUGCCAGGACUGCACACGAGGCAUGUGGCUAAUACACGCUCCAAUUGGACAGUAAAUUUCGUCAAAAGCUAAAUAUGAGUGAAAGGCCGGUAGCAAACAAGUACUGCGAGAGAAAGAGGAAAAGAACUUUGAAAAAGGAGGAAAAGAUUGCUUGAAAUUGUCAGGAGGAAAGCGAAUGGAAGUUGGCGAUGCGUCCCGAUUGGAUGUGGAACGGUGAUUAGCCGGUUCGUCUAUCGACUCUGUGGCUAAUAUGUGUGCAACAACACAAAGUUGAGUUAGAGGGCAUGGCUAGCCUCAGGGGAUGAAAGGCUGUGGGUAACAUGCCCAGGACCUGGUGCUGGCUAACUUGUUUUGUUCAAAGAUUUCUUCCAAUGCUUUCAGGGGAGCGAGUUGUCAGUUCGUAAGAGAAGAAGAUUCGUGUUUCCUCUAGUGCCAACCAAG